AUGGCCGAAGUACAACUAUUGGUCACAAUUGGGGUUCUUGGUAUUGUGCUUGCUUCAACUUACAAGAAAAUACCGUCAUGCUGGGACCUUACCGAUGUAGAUGAUAUGUACAAGCAGGCAUUAAUGGAGGGAAUUUUCCACGACGUCCAUGAGGCGAAGGUUUAUGCGAGAUAUAUGAACUUUGUUUAUUUUUUUGGAGCAAAGGUUCUGGGGGGUGGAGAUUCGAAUUUAACCUCUCCUGCUUUGGUCUUAGUCCCCCUUUUACAGUGA